AUGUUCAAAAAUAUAUCAGUCUCAAAUAGAUUAAUUUGGUUGUUGAAGAGAACAACAAGUGUUAUUAAAAUGUCGACUUUGCAUUCUAGUAAAUAUGCUCCUCCAAUUAAUCGUAAUAUGAAAGUUUUGGAUAGGUCAUUUUUUAUAAAAAAAAUACCAUUAUGUGUUGUCAAAUUUCCAAAUCCAAAACAUAUCAGUGAAUUUGCAAAAAAAUAUAAGGCGUAUAUUCUUCGUGUUCCAAGAAUUCCUCAUGUUAUAAAAUUGGAUUCUAUUCAGCAUGAUAGUAGGAAUAAAACGCUAGCAUGUGACAAUAAUAUUGUUACUAAGGGUGUCUUAUUAACAGAUACUAUAGCAUCACCUGAUGAAAUUUCUGAAAAGCUUCCUAGUGAGGUUUUAGAGUAUUUGAAGGAUACUCAAGCAGAAAUUUUACCUUAUGAAUAUGUGUUGGAUUAUAAUUAUUGGAAAGCUGAGGAUAUCUUAAGAAGUGUUCUUCCAGAGGAAUAUCUAGAUGAGGUUCCUACAGGUUUUACUAUCACUGGUCAUAUUGCACAUUUGAAUUUAAGAAAGGAAUUUAAAUCAUACGAUUCCUUGAUUGGUCAGGUUAUUUUAGACAAGAACAACAAGAUUGAAUGUGUUGUGGAUAAAGUCAGUUCUAUUGCCACUAAAUUUAGAACUUUCCCGAUGAAAGUUAUUGCAGGUAAGAGUGAUUCCUUAGUUGUAGAACAAAGAGAAUCUAAUUGUAUUUUUAAAUUUGAUUUUAGUAAGGUUUAUUGGAAUUCUAGGUUGCAUACAGAACAUGACAGAUUAGUCAGCAACUAUUUCCAACCAGGUGAAGUUGUUUGUGAUGUGUUUGCAGGUGUAGGACCCUUUGCGAUUCCUGCUGGUAAAAAAGAAGUAAUUGUAUUGGCUAACGACUUAAAUCCAGAAAGCUUCAAAUAUUUAAAAGAGAAUAUUAAGGUUAAUAAGGUUGGACUAAUGGUUAAACCAUUUAAUUUAGAUGGGGCUCAAUUUAUAAGACAGUCAACAGAUUUGUUGGACCAAUUUAUUAAAGAACAUGAAAAUGGAGAAAUAAUUAUGCCUAUUAAAGUCAGUUAUCAUCAUAGAAAGAAACAAAAAAUGAUCCAAUCUAUUGAUAAUGGCAAGCAUGAUUACAAUGGCAGUAGCUAUAAUAACAACAAGAAUAAUAAUAAUAAUAAUAAUAAUAAUAAUAAUAAUAAUAAUAAUAAUAAUAAUAAUAAUAAUAAUAAUAAUAUAGAAGUGGUAGAAAAGGUAUUGUUAGAACCAAAGACAAAAACUAUUAAGAUACCACACGAAAUUAGUCAUUUUGUUAUGAACUUACCAGAUAGCGCUAUUGAUUUCCUUGGUAAUUUUGUUGGAUUGUAUGCCUCUAUUUCAGAGUCAAACUGCAUCAGUAAAAUGCCAUGGAUCCAUGUUCAUUGCUUUGAGAAAUAUGGAAACGAUGAAAAUUUGACAAUGGAAGAGUUACAUGAAAGAGUGUAUCAGAGAAUACUAAAAUCCAUGAAUACAACACCAGAUAUCUUACCAUUUAAUGAAUUAUCAUUCCAUCUUGUCCGUAAAGUAUCACCUACAAAACCCAUGUUUUGCGUUAGUUAUAAAUUACCUAGAACAUUGGCCUUUAUACAUCAAAACAAUUCAUAG